ACAUAAUAUAUCGUAUGUAGUAUGUACCUAACAACACUCGUGUUAGACACACGCCGACGUUCGGACGUUUCGAUUGGGUUAUUAGGAAUUAAUAGCCAUCUCGUCACAUUUACAACAUUUAAAAUUGAGUAAAUUUGGUUUUUUUGUCAACAUUAAAGGGUCUUCUAUCGCGUUUUAUAUCUUUAAUAAUAUUAUUGUAAUUAUUGUGUUCAUACAAUGUCAACCUACGAUAUGGUAACUAUAGCCCCAGUGGGCAAACACACAUCAACGAUUAUUUUUUUCCACGGUCUUGGUGAAUCUGGAAACAUUUGGGCUGAGUUAUUGACAAAUUUACGCAAACCAGGUACGAAGAUUAUCUGCCCUUCUGCUCCCAAGAUACCAUUAACGUUAAACAAAGGUUUCGCGAUGCCCGCGUGGUUUGACUUGUCUACUUUGAAUGAAGACGCGCCGGAAAAUGAAUCGGAAAUAUUGCGUGCUGUGGACAACGUACACGCGUUGUUGGACGAGGAAUUGGCUAAAACGCGAUUGCCGCCAAAGAAAUUGUUGCUGGGUGGUUUUUCACAAGGCGGAGCGCUGGCUCUGUACGCUGCACUUACGUACCACAGGCCAUUAGCCGGAAUUUUGAUCCUGUCUUGUUGGAUACCAUUACACAAGACUUUCCCAGAUGCGGCCACGAAUAAUACCAAUAUACCAAUAUUCCAAUGUCAUGGAACAGAAGACCCUGUAAUACCUUAUGUAUGGGGAACAAGAACAUCAGAAAUAUUAAAAGAAUUUACCACCAAAAGCCAAUUCACUAGCUACGAAGGUUUGUUACAUCGUACUAAUGAAAAAGAAUUGGCAGAUAUAAAAACAUUUAUUCAAAAGACUGUGACAUGAACAUUUUUACAUCGAACAAUACAAGUUAAAUUGGGCUUAAUUACUCAUAAACAGUAUACCAACGUGUAUAUUUAUAACAUAGGAAAAUUGGUAUUUUCUAGAAUUCAUUUUGAUUUAUGACACAUUUUAUGGAUAAAAUAAAGUACACAGAUAUUUUGUGUUAAAACCAAUAAUCUAUGACAUUGUAAGUGUUAAAAACCGCUUUGAUUAUAAUAAGUGGUACUUGAAAAUUAUUUUAUCCCAUCCAUUAUAAUGUCAUACGUAUUAUUAUUUCCCACAAAUUGAGAAAAUUAAUACAUUCCUUUUUCAUAACAUAUAUUUUUUUCAUUUAAAUGUAAAGUUAAUUUUCAACUAGGACGCUCAUGAAAGGGGUGGUUAGGCCUGGAGUACAGAGACCUGACUAUUUUUGGACUUCUUAUAUUAAAUAUUAUGGGAAAUCGUUCA